AGUACUGCAGCGUUCUAGUGUCUGCUAUUUUGCAGCACGGAAGGCGCACUUCAAAGGAAGAGCUUAUUUGACGGGGGAGGAGAAAUGAUUUGGUGAAAUGGACUGUUAUUAUUUGUUAUACACACUGUGGUUAAUUAUUGCUACACCAGAAGCCAGAAUAAUUGUGCAGAAGACAAGAUUAGAUUUCAAUGUUUCGCUUUUUAUGGCGUUUUCUUCCUCCGGCAGGUUAGUGUUGUGAGAUGUGCUCUAUUUGCCAUGGCAAGAGGUCUGUUUUCAUGGGUCUGGCUGAGGAAGCCUAUCUACAUACAGGCCCGAUUCUCCUACCUGCACAUGAAGUAUCUGUUCUUCUCGUGGCUGGCAGUGUUUGUGGGUAGCUGGGUGGUGUAUGUGGAGUACUCAUCCUACUCAGAGCUGUGUCGUGGAGAUGAGUGCAAGAAUGCCAUAUGUGACAAGUACAGGAAAGGAGUGAUUGACGGCUCGGCCUGCAGCAGCCUGUGUGAGAAAGACACUCUGUACCUGGGGAAGUGUCUCUCUGCCAAGCCUAACAACCAGGUGUACUCAGGUGGCUGGGGGGACCUAGAGGGGGUGAUUAAGUGCCAGAUGGAAGAGAUUCCUCAUUAUAACCUGGGAGCUGAGAUGGAGCACAGGAAGGAGGCAUCGCCCUUCAACAAGCCCACCAAGGGAACCUCUGUGGAUAAGUUCAAAGAGAUGGUCCUCAGCCACCUCAAGACCAAGGUGGGUGAACAGGCCAACCUUCCAAACCUGGUGAGCCUGGUUUUCUCCGUGGCCGACUACAACAAAGACGGCCUCAUCUCCUUGCUGGAGGCCCGCUCCAUGUGGGCCCUGCUCCAGCUCAAUGAGUUUCUGCUAGCAGUAGUCCUGCAGGACAGAGAGCACACCCCUAGGCUCCUGGGCUUCUGUGGGGACCUGUACGUGAUGGAGAAGGUGCCCUACGCUCCCCUGUACGGCAUCAGCCUGCCCUGGGCGGUGGAGCUGUGGAUCCCCGCGGGGGUACGACGCAGCAUAGACCAGUGGUUCACGCCUUCCUGGCCCCGCAAAGCCAAGAUCUCCAUCGGCCUCCUGGAGCUAGUUGAAGAUGUCUUCCAUGGCACCUUCGGCUCCUUCCUCAUGUGUGACGUGAGCGCGGACGGCUUCGGUUACAACGACCGCCACGACCUGAAGGUGAUGGAUGCUCGCCACAUUGUCCCUGAGGCCACCUUCCAGAAAGCCAUGAGGGAGCGGCAGUGCGACACGGACGAGGACUGUCUGUACGGUGCCGACUGUCGCACUUCCUGUGACCUCACCAAGCACAGGUGUACGCCAGAGGUGACGCAGCCCAACCUGGCCAAGGCGUGCGGCACGCUGAAGGAUUACCUCCUGAACGGGGGACCAUCUGAUAUUCAGGAGGAGCUGGAGAAACAGCUGUAUGCCUGUAUAGCUUUGAAGGGCUCAGCAGAACAGAUGGAGAUGGAACACUCACUUAUACUGAACAACCUGAAGACCUUGUUGUGGAAAAAGAUAUCACACACCAAGGACUCCUGAGGUGAAAACAUAGGUACAUCCAGACCCUCCACCCUUCUCCCAAAGUGUGUCAUGGAUUUGAAAGUAUUGGCUGGAACUGCGUAAAUCCUCUAAGGGGUGUGUUAAUACACACUUCGGGAAAGGAUGGAUAAUCAGGACAAAGAUGAACACUACUGCUGCCCCCAUAACGCAAUCUCCCUCUCCUCUUAAGCUUUUCAGGGAACUAUACUGAACAAAAAUAUAAACGCAACAUGUAAA